AUGGCCAGUAUUCUCGCUGUCGCGCGUCAAGCUCUCCGGCCCGUCUGCAGGAGACAACUCGCGGUCGCUUCUUCUUCUCUUCUGGCUCACCGCUCGUUACAUGCAUCACCCAUCUCCUUGAAAAAGAAGAAGAACGCGGCGCAGGAAUCCGAGUUUGACGACUUUGCGUUUGAGGACGACGAGUUGAUAUCUAUCUCCGCGGAGGAGCCGUCGGCCAAGGGCAAGCAGGUCAAGGCGAACCAGCGCGGUUCACUCACGCCCGAGCAACGUGAGGCGCGCUUCAACGAACUCUUUGACUUUGUCAAGACCCACAUCGGCCGCCAGCCGACGGCCGAUGACCCGAAGCAAGUUCGGACUUCUGCCUGGACACACCUCAUUCAGCUCGCGACUACCGAGGAGCAGUUGAAGAGAGUUGCCGAUGCAUUUGCGGACUGGACUACCGUCGGCAGGGAGUUCAGGGCGGAACAGGCGUUGCUCUUUGUCCAACGGUGCAACCAACUCAAGUGCCCUACACUCGCCGUCGACGUCUUCAGCAACAGGCCAUACUACCGCUUCGACCUCAAGUCGAUCGAAGCCGCUCGGGAGUUGUUACACUCCGUGCACAAGGACUCGCUAUUCAAAGAAUCCGUCCUCGUCUCGACCCUCUACACGCUAUACAACCUUCCACCCCUCGCCAAGGACCUUGUAUCAUGCAGCAUGCUCCUCUCUCAAUGUCUCGCGGUCGACACACCCGAAGCCCGCGUCAUUGCCGGGGCGCUCUUGCCCGCGUUCAAACAGUCGAUCGAGAGCUCGCCGCCUUUGUCUCUGCCCACCGACUCUGCCGCACGUAGUCAACGCGAAACCAGGCAUCUGUCGUGGUUGAGGCAGGCCGCCGGGUCUAUAGAAGGCCGAUUACGAGCCCGUGGAGAAGAUACGACGUGGUUGAGGAAGUGGAGGGUGGCGAGCGGGCAUUUAUCGUCGAGGACACAGGAGCACUUCGAGCACGAGCAGCCACGCCAGCACGUAGCGCACACAUGA